CAGAAAUAAUGGGUGGAUUGGGUGGAGGGUGUUCCACAUUGACAGGAUGUAAAUGAAACAUACUUUCCAGUCUCUUGGGAUUCCCAGGUUGGUGGUGGCAAAGGGCUGCGUCACAGCAGGGAGGACUUUGUUCCCAGUUUAUAGAAGGCAGAAGUGAAAUGUGCGUGCACCUGGUACACAUGAUCCAUUCUGCCAUUUGGACUGAAUGUAAGGAGAACAUGGAUCAUUUUGGGUAAAAUGGAGUUUACAGUAUGGCCCAUUUUAUGAAGUCCCAAAACCAUUGAGCUUUGAACAUUGACAGGAGUGUUUCCUGGAAAACAUGGACAUUGUGUUCCUAGCAUUCUUUUUGCUAACUGCAUUUGAAGGAGUGAUUGCUCAGGUGCAGCUGGAACCAAAAACAUCUGCGGUCCUUCGUGGAACAAAUGCCAGGUUUAACUGCAGCCUGAGUCAAUCUAACUGGGUGGCCAUGACGUGGUCAUUGAAUAGCAGCGUUGUGCUGACUAUCUCCAAAAAGUUUGGUGUCCUCGAGAACAGUGACCGCUACACUGCUUUCAAUUACACGACUGACCAGAGCCACAAGUGGGAGUUUGUCCUAAGGAACACGCAAUGGAAUGAAUCCGGUGUUGUGACCUGUGACGUCCAAAAUAUUGACCGCAAAAUGGCCUCUUUGUCUGUACAAGAGAGCGGGACUGUGACCAUCACUAGUGGGAAUGUGACCGCCAAGCGGAAUCAGCCAGUCACAAUUCGCUGCCUCGCCCGCGGCUGGUUCCCAGAACCCGAUCUGACGUGGACAUUGGGUGGAAUAUCUGUCAAUCGGGACAAGUACAACACCAGCACCGAGGCCUUGGGAGGGCUGUUCAACUCAGCCAGCACACUGACGCUCCUGGCCAACGGCAGUGCUCCUGUGGAGUGCCGGGCCACGGUGCCUGCCUUGGCUGCGCCUCAAACGAGCACCAUUUUCCUGACGACCGUUGCAGAUACAGCUGAGAAGGACCAGACCGUGUUAAUAGCGACCGUUGUAUCGGUUGUUGCCGUCGCGUUGUUGGUGUUGCUCAUUAUUGGAAUCAUUUUCUGCUACAAAAGAAGAAAAGUUACAAAAUCCAGCUACGAGGAGGAAGUAAGGAGAACAAGAUCUCUGAGUGAGAGGAAUGCAUCUGAGGUUGUGCAGGGGAAGGAUAACAUGGCAUACUUGCCAGAUGGUAGUAAACGGGCAGAUGUCACCCCCAGCGAAUUCAACGACAGCGGCAUUGCCCGGACAAACUCGCACCACUCUCCAGAGAUGCCUGAUGUUCUUUACAACAGUAACCACACAGCCAAUGCGUACGACCCCGCCCCUGACCAUGGAACUCUCGGGAGCAAGAAACACAGACAUGCCACCAUUGUGUAAAAGAAUUCUGCAAAACAGGAAUGUGAGGUGCUUUGUAUUCACUCCUACUAAUGUGACUGAUGUAACUGAAAAGGACACUUCUCCAAUAGAAUAAUUGAUUUGUGUAUUUUAAAGAAUGACUAUAUUGAGAUACGGAUGGUAUAGAAUAUAAAGAUGCAAAAAGUGACUUAGUCCUGUUCUGAAUAAGGAGUGAUGGGGCGGAGCACUGCCUAAAUCAGUUGCUUGAUGUGUACAGUUUACGUGCUUCAUGAAUAUUUUAUACAAGAAAUUUAUUAGACAUUUACUAAAAACUGUAGGCAAUUUGUACUUCAGACAUUACUUUUGCAAUUUACCACAAGGUGGCAUAUAGGUUUUCAAAGAGCUCAAAUCAACACAUGCGGUGGUACUGUGAAAAAAACUGUUCAGGAGAACAGACUUAUGCAGCUAUUCUGGAGCUCUCUGCAAUACAAUCUGAUAAUGCUUUUUUUAUUGAGUCAGCUUUCAUCCUGCGAGGCACCAAACAUGGUCGACUGUUUUUCAAAUAAUGGGAGCUCCAGAGCUCCAUGAAUCCUGAUGGUAAACUUAUUCUCCCCAGACAUGUCUCUACCCACACUAUGGACCAUAUCAUAAAACCAUUACCAGGAUCAAGGUCUGAUAGAACAGCAGGCAAUGCUCACUGUAUUGUCUUCUAAUGGAUAUAUAUAUAUAUAUAUAUAUAAAGGGUCCUUCAACUAUGCAUUCCUGAGGGCUUGCUUCAUUUUUAAUAUGGCGUAUGUGGGAAAAAUAUUUUCCAUCUGCCUUUUAUAAAACAACGAUUGAAUGAGACAUAUACUCUAUAUGGUCAAAGGUAUGUGGACAACUGACAUCCAACAUCUCAUCCAAAAGUAUGGGCAUUGAUCUGGAGUUGGUUCACCCUUUGCUGCUAUAACAAUCUCCACCCUUCUGGGAAGGCUUUAUACUAGAUGUUGGAGCAUUGCUGCAGGGAUUAGCUUCUGUUCAGCCAGAAGAGCAUUAGUGAGGUCAAGCACUCGAUUAGGCCUGGCUUGCAGUUGGCUUUCCAGUUGAUCCCAAAGGUGUUUGAUGGGGUUGAAGUCAGGGCUCUGUACAGGCCAGUCAAGUUAUUCCAAACCAUUCUUGACGAAACCAUUUCUAUAUGGACCUCACCGUGUGCCCGGGGGCAUUGUCAUGCUGAAACAAGAAGGCUUCCCUAAACUGAUGGGGGAAGCACAGAAUCGUCUAGAAUGUGAUUGAAUGCUGUAGCAUAAAGAUUUUCCUUCAGUGGAACUACGGGGCCUAGCCCAAACCAUGAAAAACAGCCCCAGACCAAGGGGUGUCCAGAUACGUUUGGUCAUAUAGAGCAUGUAUGUAAACAAGUACAAAAAAGUAGAUGACUUCAAAAUAUAAAUGAUUAUUUAUUUAUUUAUAAUUCUUUCAAUAGCGGGAGGUUUACAGAUGCAGACCUUAUCAUUGUAAAAAGUUUAUAUUCAUUGACAUUUUGUUGGCAGUGUACCAUUGGUGUAAAAUAAAGCAGGGCUAAAUGAGAAUGAAGUUCAUUUAUAAGCCGUGUGAUCCUAAUAAUGAUUAAUAUAGCAUAUAAUAGCAAUGCACUGGUCUUUCCUCUUCUAUUGAACAAAAACAUGUAUAUACUGCACAUAAAAACACAUUAAAGAAUUUGAUUUUAUUUCAAAUGUAUUGUUUUUUUAUUGUUUUAUUAAUAUUAUGGGUGUUAUUGUAGAUAUCCAAUAACAUUUAAUGACAAUGACAGUGAUGUUAUUAAAUAAAUUUUCAUUUGACA